AAAAAAAAUAAAUAAAUAAAUCGGUGAAAGUGGUCAUUAUGUGAUACUGGGAAUUGACAUCAGUGGCUCGGUGGAAGAUUUGGUGAAUUAAACGAGGUUCUUUUCAAACAGAGCCACUCGGCUGUGAGCCUGCGCCGAACGCCUCGCUGAGGGGAAUUUAUGAACGCACGUUCUCGUGCCACGCGCGCGCUCCAGCAGCCGGUUUUAACACACACACACACACACUCACACACACACACACUCACACACACACACACAGGGUGAAUACACCCGCGCUGUGCCAGCCUGACGGAACUUUAACGCUCUCGAGCCUCCUUAGAGAUAUUUAGUGUUACAAAACAGCUGGAUCUCGUGCGCACUGAAAGGACUGACUUCAGGUGUAUCAGGUGUGAAGAUAUGAGGGAGAAGCUGUUUCACUGCUUGCUCUUCUGCAUCUCCUUAACGCUCUUUUGGCACACGAGGUCAGUAAGUGCAGACACCUCAACAGAUGCCUUCAAAAACAAUAUCACCCUCUUCACACGCAUCUUGGACAGGCUCCUGGAUGGCUACGAUAACCGGCUCAGGCCCGGACUAGGAGAUCGGGUCACCACUGUGAAGACUGAUAUCUACGUCACCAGCUUUGGGCCAGUUUCAGACACUGAUAUGGAAUACACAAUAGAUGUGUUCUUCAGGCAGAGCUGGAAAGAUGAGAGGUUGAAGUUUGAGGGACCAAUGAACAUCCUGCGUCUCAACAACCUGAUGGCCAGCAAAAUCUGGACUCCAGACACUUUCUUUCAUAAUGGGAAGAAAUCAGUGGCACACAACAUGACCAUGCCUAAUAAGCUGCUGCGUAUCCAGGAUGAUGGCACUCUGCUUUACACCAUGAGGUUGACGGUGCAUGCUGAGUGUCCAAUGCAUCUUGAGGAUUUUCCCAUGGAUUUCCACUCCUGUCCUCUCAAAUUUGGCAGCUAUGCAUACACAACAACAGAGGUGACGUACACCUGGACAAAGAACGCCUCAAACUCGGUGGUGGUGGAGGGGGAGAGCUCCCGAUUAAACCAGUAUGACUUACUGGGACAGACUGUAGGCAAUGAGACAAUUAAAUCCAGCACUGGCGAGUACACAGUGAUGACAGCUCACUUCCAUCUGAAGAGGAAGAUUGGCUAUUUUGUGAUUCAGACGUACCUCCCGUGCAUCAUGACAGUCAUCCUCUCACAGGUCUCCUUUUGGCUCAAUCGUGAGUCCGUGCCUGCCAGGACUGUGUUUGGUGUUACGACUGUACUGACCAUGACAACUCUGAGUAUUAGUGCCCGUAACUCACUGCCUAAAGUGGCCUACGCCACCGCCAUGGACUGGUUCAUUGCAGUGUGCUAUGCAUUUGUGUUCUCAGCCCUCAUCGAAUUUGCUACAGUCAACUAUUUCACCAAGCGUGGCUGGGCCUGGGACGGCAAGAGCGUGGUCAAUGAUAAGAAGAAGGAGAAAGCCUCUGUGAUCAAGAAAAACAAUGCAUAUGCAGUGGCCGUUGCGAACUACGCUCCCAACAUCACCAAGGACUCUGUCCUGCCCACCAUCGCUAAAGGUGGAGUUGCAGAAGUAGGCAAGGCCAAAACUGAGAGCAAACCAGCUGAGAACAAGAAAACCUUCAACAGCGUGAGUAAGAUCGACCGCAUGUCCCGCAUCAUGUUCCCUGUGCUCUUCGGAACCUUCAACCUGGUUUAUUGGGCCACCUAUUUGAACAGAGAACCCGUUAUCAAAGACAUGGUCCCCUCCAACCAUUGAUGCUCUUUAGUAGUGCUGAAGAUCCAGGACUAAAGAGAAAAGCCAAAAACCAUCCAGGGACUUCGUACACUCAUUCACUCGUGUAAGCAGUGUCUCGAUAUCCAGCCACCGAGCCAUAGACUGUUGAUUGUGUCUCCUCUCUUCUCUCUUUUCUACCGUUUUUCUGCCGUGCUUUUCAAAAUGUAAAUAUGUAUUUAUGCAUAAAAUUAUAUGCCCUGUAUGGUUUUUUCCCCAAACAUGGCUGUUCCCAUUGGGUUUACUGUGUUUAUAUUUUGCUGUUCUGUGAGUGUUUGUGGAUUCUCCUGAAAUCAGACUUUGACCUUUUUCUGUGAUCUCUACUCUGGCAUAUUGUAGUGUACUAUAUAUGAUAUGGUUCAUUUAUUUUUAGCAUUUAUUAUCAUGACUUUAUUAUUUUACCUAUUUGUUUGUAAUGGUGCUUGUAGGGUAUUACUAAGAUGAGUAAGAGGUCUUGUGAGGAACAGUCAAAACAUAACCAGAAAAAGAGAAAGAAACAUCAUAUUGCCAUCUACAUUUUUAGUCUGAUCCUUUACUGUGAAUGUAACAUUUUUUUAACGUAUUGUUAAUUUAAAUUUAGUACAGUAAAUUAACAACACAGCAGUAAAUACAGACUUUUAAUUUAUUUCAGUGAGAAUUCUGUUAAAUUAAAUAUUAGCUUUAAGUUCAUUCUGUUUAAAAUCAAUAUUGUGCAAAUACUUUUUGAAAAAAAAAAUGAUGUGGUAUUUAUUAUGAACAAACUUUUCAGGCAGGGAAGAGGUGAAAAUGUUCACCGCACCACUCCCUACAUAUCUGUUUGUGUAUUUAGUUAUUUAUUUCUUUGUUCAUUUUUGAGUCUGAACGUUUUACCUUGAAAAAUCAAAGGAUGACCAAUUUGGCUAUUGAUACUCUUGUAUUUAUUUUUAACUGUAAUUUAUUUUUUUGGUAGUUAUGUUUAAUUUUAGUGGCAUAAUGUGGACCAAACACCUACAAGUGCUUCAAGUAAUGCAUGUUUACCCUCUUUAAUGAAGCUAAAUAUUUUUAUAUAUCUUUAUUUAUGUUUGAAAUAUGCUGGACCUUGAGGUUGUUCCCCUGUGCAGAACUGAUCAUGAGUAUAAUUUAUUGUAUCUGUACAAAUUUAUAGCAUUGCGUAUGAUUUUAUUUCUGGCAUUACAGUCAUGUUUAAAGGAAGGAAGUAAUUCCAUAUACAAAGCAUGCUGCAGUAUUGUCUUGGCUGUAAGAAGAAAUGGCUGAAAUGGUACAUUGAACAUUUUGCAUGUGAUCAUUCCUUAUUUAUCUUCUUUCAUUUAAUGACAAUAGGUGAUGUUAUUUAUUUAUGUCUGUCUGUCUGUCUCUAUCUGUCUGUCUGUCUAUCUAUCUAUCUUUAUUUUUUCCUGGAAUUUCAAUUACAAUCAAGAUUUCAUAUCAAGCACUGCUUUAAGUUUUCUUAAGUAGCUUUAAUUGUGUAAACAGAUUGUGCAUUGUGGUUAUACAGAAAGAUGUUGGAGCAAUAAAAAAACAUUGCAAUGCUGGUUGCAGCUGCAUAGAUAUGGAAUGUAAUAAUGCUUUGUAAAAGGCUCAUGUAAGUGUUUCAUUAACUUGUAGAUAGUAUUGUAAUAUAUGUUCAGAUAUGGAAAGUGCAAAUUUAUUUACUGGCUGUUAGACUGAUGUCCUUUGGGAGGUAAGAAACAAUGGAAAUGUUUUUUUCUUUAUUUGUUUGUUUGUUUGUUACCUUUUGCUGAAUUUUCUGUGUUCAAAAUGAAUUUCUGUAAUGUGCUAUUAUGAGUAUAAUUUUAUUUUGACCAGUGAAUUGAAUGUCCUUUUAAUUGCUGACAUAUCAUAUGCAGCACAGUUUUUGUUUUUUAUUUUUUUUUAAUAUAAUACUCAAUGAAUUUGGAAAGUUGUCACAUGACCAAAUUCUUUUCUGAUGGCUGCUGGGUUUUGCAGUGUUAUAAAUAGUGAUAUUUGCUCUUUCAUUCUUGUUCCUCUUUCAACAGCUUCUUGCUGAAUAAAAAAAAUCAAAUAUG